AUUCACAAAUGUUAAGUAUUCUUGAAAUUUCAUAGAGAUCAAUUUCAAGAUGGACAUUAAACUUUUUUUAUUCUUUUUUGCUAACAUUCAUUUGGUCUCAAAGGUAUUUGGUGAGAGUAUUUAUAGAAAUGUGAAAAUUCCUCUGGAAAAAUUAAUGGAAAAUGAAAUAGAAUAUAGUCGAAGAAUAAUGAACGGUGCUCAAACAUCGAUUGAUGUAUAUCCCUAUGUAGCUCAAAUUGAGUAUAAAACUAUGUAUGUUUGUGCUGGAGGAAUAAUUAGUAAAACUGUAGUAGUAACUACACAACAAUGUAUUUUUGAUCCCCAUAAUCGCCAGCAUUACAACAUUCGAGCUGGCGCAUCUGUUAAAGGAAGUUUAGGUUAUGUAUUCGAAAUUCGAGAAUUUAUAUUACAUCCAUCAUACAACCCAACGACUAUGGAUUUUGACGUAGCAUUAAUUGUGCUAGAAACACCUUUGAAUUUUACAAACAAAAUACAAGCAAUUGCUUUGCCAAAUGCUAAUGAAACCCUUACAACUGGUCAAGUGGGAAUAAUAAGUGGUUGGGGUCAUUUGAAGGAAGAUGGAGUGAAGUCAAAAACAUUACAAAAAGUUGGUGUUCCAAUUAUACCACAAGAAAAAUGUGUUUCAACAUAUGAAAAAGAAUUUCCAAUUACCCCUCGCAUGUUUUGUGCAGGAUUUUUAAAUACCGGUGGUAAAGAUGCGUGUCAAGGUGACUCUGGAGGUCCGUUUAAUUCAAAUCAUAAAUUGUUUGGUAUUACUUCAUGGGGUGUUGGAUGUGCUGAUAAAAAUUAUCCGGGUGUUUAUUUAGUUGUUCCAUUGUUACGGGAAUGGAUUCGUAAUCAUACUGAGAUUUAACCUGCAUUUAUUGUAUGAUUUCCAAAAAAUUAACAUAAUUUAUCCAAAGAUUUAUUUUGAAUGAUUCUUAUAAAGUUUAACGUCCAUUUUCUGUCUUUUUUUAAUAUUUAUUCAAUUUUUAUUACUUUAAUCUCGAUAAGAGACAGUUGA